AAAGGGAACGGGGUGGGGGUGUGGGGGUUGGAGAGAGAGUCGAGGCCGAGGCAGAGGAAAUGCACCAAUCAGCGGCUCCCCCGGGCUCACAACUGUCGGCGGCGCCCGGAAAACAAGCGGGUGCGCGGGGAACCCAGGGCCGGGGUUGCCUCGCUCCGGCCUAGCCCCGCGGCCCUCCGUGCGGCCCCGGGGCAAGCUCUCGAGCCCCCGGGGCUCCAAGACAGACGCCCGGGCCUCAGGACGGUGUGCGAACGCAGCCCCCCCGCCCCCAGGUCUCUGCCCCCGCGCGGGGCCCUGGCCGUGCGGCCGGAGGGAGCGGCCGGAUGGAGCGGAGGAUGAAAGGCGGAUACUUGGACCAGCAAGUGCCCUACACCUUCUGCAGCAAAUCGCCCGGAAAUGGGAGCUUGCGCGAAGCGCUGAUGGUCCCGCAGGGAAAGCUCAUGGACCCCGGCUCCCUGCCGCCCCCCGACUCCGAAGAUCUCUUCCAGGAUCUCAGUCACUUCCAGGAGACGUGGCUCGCUGAAGCCCAGGUACCAGACAGUGAUGAGCAGUUCGUUCCUGAUUUCCAUUCAGAAAACUCUUUCCACAGCCCCCCCACCAGGAUCAAGAAGGAGCCCCAGAGUCCCCGCACAGACCCGGCCCUGUCCUGCAGCAGGAAGCUGCCACUCCCCUACCACCAUGGCGAGCAGUGCCUUUAUUCCAGUGCCUAUGACCCCCCUAGACAAAUCGCCAUCAAGUCCCCCGCCCCCGGUGCCCCUGGACAGUCGCCCCUGCAGCCCUUCUCCCGGGCAGAACAACGGAGUUUCCUGAGAUCCUCCGGCACCUCCCAGCCCCACCCUGGCCAUGGGUACGUCGGGGAGCAUAGCUCUGUCUUCCAGCAACCCUUGGAUAUUUGCCACCCCCUCACAUCCUCCCAGGGAGGGGGCCGGGAACCCCUCCCAGCCCCCUACCCACACCAGCUGUCGGAGCCCCGCCCACCCUACCCCCAGCAGAGCUUCAAGCAGGAAUACCUUGACCCCCUGUACGAACAGGCGGGCCAGCCGCCAGUGGGCCAGGGUGGAGUCAGCGGGCACAGGUACCCAGGGGCGGGGGUGGUGAUCAAACAGGAGCAGACGGACUUCGCCUACGACUCUGAUGUCCCUGGGUGUGCGUCAAUGUAUCUUCACACGGAGGGUUUCUCCGGACACUCUCCAGGCGACGGGGCCAUGGGUUAUGGCUAUGAGAAACCUCUUCGACCAUUCCCAGAUGAUGUCUGUGUUGUCCCUGAGAAAUUUGAAGGAGACAUCAAGCAGGAAGGGGUUGGAGCGUUCCGAGAGGGACCGCCCUACCAGCGCAGGGGCGCCUUGCAACUGUGGCAAUUUCUGGUGGCCCUGCUGGAUGACCCAACGAAUGCCCACUUCAUCGCCUGGACUGGCCGGGGGAUGGAGUUCAAACUAAUAGAGCCCGAGGAGGUUGCCAGGCUCUGGGGCAUCCAGAAGAACCGGCCGGCCAUGAACUACGACAAACUGAGCCGCUCGCUCCGAUACUACUAUGAAAAAGGCAUCAUGCAGAAGGUGGCUGGUGAGCGCUACGUGUACAAGUUUGUGUGUGAGCCUGAGGCCCUCUUCUCCCUGGCCUUCCCGGACAAUCAGCGUCCAGCCCUCAAGGCCGAGUUUGACCGGCCAGUCAGUGAGGAGGACACAGUCCCUUUGUCCCACUUGGACGAGAGCCCUGCCUACCUCCCAGAGCUGGCUGGCCCUGCCCAGCCCUUUGGCCCCAAGGGUGGCUACUCUUACUAGCCCUGGCCGCUGCUCCCCUACUGCCGGUGGGUGCUGCCCUGUGUACAUAUAGAUGAAUUUGGUGUUGGGGAAACCCUCACUCUGAAGCCCGCAGAUGUCUUUGGAGCGGAUCCCUGCUGGCCCACCAGUUGCCCCUGCCCAGACUCUGAACUGGAGUUGAUGGGAAGGAAAAGCGGAGACCCUGCAAGUGCAAAGGUGGGGUCUAGAAGCUCCUCUGGGGAUGUCACUUCCAGCCUCUUCCCAGGUUCUACGUCGAGGCCCAAGCUUCACUCCUCUCCCCCAUCACAGAGAAAAGAGUCUGCUCUGUUCUGGGGGACAGAAGGCGCGUUCCCACUUUAUCCUGGUGGAGAAGGGUGCAUUGAGCUCCCCAGAUCUCCCACUGUGGUCAGACAGAAGUCUGGAUCCUGCACUCCGCUCCAAGCGGUGGCCCUGGAGGGUCCUGCUUGUCCAUUCUUGGUGCUGUGUUCCCAGAGGCAGGGGGAGGCUGGAGUAAGGAACCUGGGGUGGGGGAGGGGCAGCAGGGUAGAGGCAGGGAGGGCCGGUUUCCUGCUCCUAGGGCCCUUUGCCUCUUCUCUGCCUUUUCCUAGGCCCGGGCCUGGGAUUCCACCCCCACCUCCACCACAUCUGCCAGACCCCAAUAAAGGUCCCUGCUUCUCCUUAGCAUCCUG